ACGCGUCUCUGUCUUUUACUCACUUGCUGAACAUGGCGGACAGCGGAGCAGUGGCGGAUAGCGGGGACACCAAGCUGAGUAAAAAGUGUUAGAUGCUUUGUAAAUGGGACAACACUGUGACAGUUCAUUAUGAUGACCAGCUGUCUCCGUAGGCUUCUUGGGCUGCGGGUCAGGGGUUACUUGGGAAAGGUGCCAACGCACAGCCUUACUUCCUUUACUCCUCUUUUCCAGAAGAGAUUGCAUAAUGAAAAGAGUGAGCUGAAGAGACGUAUAAAGGCAGAGAAAAAAGCGGCUGAGAAGGAAAUUAAAGCUAAAGAACAAGCUGAUAAACCAAUUCAUGAAGCCAAGAAAGUUGAUGGAAUUGACAUGAGUGGAGAUGAAGAAACCCUUGAUCCUAAUCAAUACUACAAAAUUCGAACACAGGCCAUCCAACGACUGAAGGGGACCGAGGAUGACCCAUAUCCUCAUAAAUUCCAUGUUGAUCUAUCCUUAACAGAGUUUAUUGAGAAAUACAACGAUCUACAGCCUGGAGACCAUCUCAUUGAUGUUAUUUUAUCUGUGGCAGGUCGUAUCCAUGCUAAGCGGACCUCUGGUGUCAAACUAAUUUUCUAUGAUCUUCGUGGUGAAGGAGUCAAACUACAAGUUAUGGCCAAUUCCAAAAAUUACAGAUCUGAGGAGGAAUUCAUCAAGGUAAAUAAUAAAUUACGCCGUGGUGAUAUUAUUGGAGUGCAAGGAAACCCAGGAAAGACAAAGAAAGGAGAGCUGAGCAUAAUCCCUGUGGAAAUAAAACUUCUAUCUCCUUGCCUACACAUGCUGCCUCACUUGCACUUUGGACUCCGAGAUAAGGAAACUAGAUAUCGUCAGAGAUAUUUGGAUCUGAUUUUAAAUGAUUAUGUGAGACAGAAGUUCAUCAACAGGGCCAAAAUCAUCACCUAUCUACGGAGGUUUUUAGAUAAUCUGGGAUUUCUGGAGGUGGAGACACCCAUGAUGAAUAUAAUUCCAGGUGGAGCAGUUGCCAAGCCCUUCAUUACACACCAUAACGAAUUAGAUAUGGAUUUGUACAUGCGAAUUGCUCCAGAACUUUACCAUAAGAUGUUGGUUGUAGGAGGUCUUGAUAGAGUGUAUGAAAUUGGGCGCCAGUUUAGGAACGAAGGAAUUGAUCUUACUCACAAUCCAGAAUUUACCACAUGUGAAUUUUACAUGGCUUAUGCAGAUUACAAUGACCUAAUGAAAAUCACAGAGAAUCUUCUUUCAGGUAUGGUCAAAUAUAUUACAGGCAGUUACAAAAUCACGUACCAUCCUGAUGGACCUGAUGGUCAAAGUUAUGAAAUUGAUUUUACACCACCAUUCAAACGUAUCAGUUUGGCAACAGAUCUGGAGAAAAUUAUGGGAGUUGAAUUUCCACCCACUGAUCAAUAUGAGACUGAAGAGACCCGUAAAUUCUUCGAUGAUUUGUGCAAUCAGAAAGGUGUUGAAUGUCCACCUCCAAGGUCUACAGCCAGGCUUUUGGACAAGUUGGUCGGUGAAUUCCUGGAGGUUACUUGUAUUAAUCCAACAUUCAUCUGCGAUCACCCUCAGAUUAUGAGCCCACUGGCCAAGUGGCAUCGUUCCUUUAAGGGUUUGACAGAGCGCUUUGAGCUUUUUGUUAUGAAAAAGGAGAUCUGCAAUGCUUAUACAGAAUUAAAUGAUCCUAUUAAACAAAGAGAGCUGUUUGAAGAUCAGGCAAAGGCUAAAGCAGCUGGUGAUGAUGAAGCCAUGUUUAUUGAUGACAACUUCUGUACAGCUUUGGAGUAUGGACUUCCUCCUACAGCUGGCUGGGGCAUGGGAAUAGACAGGCUUACCAUGUUCCUGACUGAUUCUAAUAAUAUCAAGGAAGUCUUGUUCUUCCCAGCAAUGAAACCAGAGGACAACAAAAAGGAACCUGCAGAUUCAACUGAAAAUGAACAUUCAGCAGAAUAGGAUUAUUGUUCUUCAGCUUAGAGUACAAAAUGAUGAUUGAAAAGGAGAAAUGUACUGAUAGUGAAAAUAUUACCACUUAGCUACCAAGAUGAGUGUAUUUGAGAACUUUAAUGUUAUUUGCUUAGUUUCCUCUCUCUCUUCCCUGUGAUUAAAUUUUAUUAUUAAACUAACUACUGAAGAUGUGUGCUAUUAUACACUUGAAAUACUGUCAAUGUAUACAGUCUCUUCCAAAUUUAUUUUCAACUUUGCUGACAUUGAUAAAUUGUUUUUCUCUUUAUAUCACUUGAUAUCAAGAAAACUAGGUUUUUUUUGUACUGCUUAACAGCUUUUAUACGACAGUGGUAUAUCCAGAUUUGUUUCUUUAUAUGCAUAUGAACUUCAGUAUUAGGGAAUGGGUCUCUGUGAAUCACUCAAUAAACUAAGGCAAUAUAAUGA